UUAAAACCGUUUUUUUCUCAGUUUAUAAGUGAAUCGAAAAUGUCUAACAAAUCAUCACUGGCUGUCACUCUGGUGUUACCAACAAUAAUCCUAUUGUCAUCGGCGGUAGUGUUGUUGGCAGACAAUUCAUUAUCAUCAUCAGCUGAUGAUGACGACACUAGUCUGACCACUACUACUACUACUAUUAUUGCGGCUAUCGAUGACGGCAACAGUACGGAUAUUGGCAAUAGUACCGACAUUGGCAACAGUACCGACAUUGGCAACAGUACCGACAUUGGCAACAUAACUACUACCACUACCACUACGACUACCACCGAAAAUCCAUUGACAGUGUGUAUUAGAGAGAUAAUGGGUCCAGUUCGUGACUGUGUCAAUCACAAGUGGGAUGUAGUGGACACAAAUAGUUCCGGCGGCGGCGGCUACUUAUUAUCGCCAAUCAAGUGUUGUGGUAUGUUGGAAAGAAUUUGUGUCGACCAUAAAUUAGCACUUAAAUGUGGGGCUCCGACCAGCAAACCCAUUGAUGUUGAAUACCAUGAAGCGUACGAAGAGUGCUCAUCAGUGAGCAUUACAUUGACUGUUGAUGGAUGUCGUCAAAUGUCGACAAAUAACAUAACCGACGAUAUUUGUCUCGAGUAUAUGCCGUGUUUAACCGAUAUCGUACUAACGCCGGCCCCGACUGGCACUACUACUACUAGUAGUAGUAGUAGUAGUAGCAGUUAUCACCCGACAGGCGUACCAUCGAUUGGUAUUCCCACCGAUGUGUCUAUAGUGUAA